ACGCGCGGACAGGAGAGCUUUGGUUCCUUUUUUCAAGCAUAACGCUCUAUCUCACAUCCGGGGUUGGUUUAGUCUAAUCUGCAGCAAGUUAACCGGAAAAUAUGCGCAUGAGAAAAAAAAAGUGUGCAACCAAAGAAGCGAGGGUUUCAGAGCAUACACGCCGCUCCCGGCUCGGCCGGCACGGGACAGGAGUAUAUCAUCGCUCCCCUUAGGCACCGACAACGACCCCCGAGACUGCCAGAGGGUUAACAGAGAGUGUUGGGAAUGCCUUAUGUAGAUCGACACAAUCGCAUUUGUGGCUUUUUGGAUAUUGAAGAAAAUGAUAGUAGCAAUAAGUUCCAGAGACGCUAUUUUCUCCUGGACACGCAGGAAAACUUUCUCUUCUGGUACAUGGACAAUCCACAGAAUCUCCCCAGUGGUACUGAACCUGCAGGAUGCCUUCAGCUGACAUACAUCUCCAAGGUCAGUGAGGCAACAGCUAAACAGAAGCCAAAGGCAGAAUUCUGUUUUGUGAUUAAUGCUCUGUCCAGAAGGUAUUUUCUUCAAGCCAAUGACAAAAAGGACCUGCAGGAGUGGGUAGAUGCACUGAACCGAGCUACCAAGAUUACGGUUCCUAAAGUAAAUCAAACCCCUGCAUGCACAGAAGUGAAAGCAGUUGCCGUGUCAUCUCAACCAAAGAAGCAGCAAGUGGCCUACAAGACAGAAAUUGUCGGAGGUGUGGUGGUUCACACACCAAUUAAUCCAAAUGAAGAUGAGGAGGCAGAGGGACGAGAACCUUUACCAGUCCAUACUGGCCUUAAACGCUGUCAGAGCCACAUCCCUUUCUCUAGUCCUAGCCGACCUGGUGUCAUCAAAAGUGGAUACUGUGUUAAACAGGGGAAUGUGAGAAAAAACUGGAAGAGAAGAUUCUUUACACUGGACGAGACCUCUGUGAAUUACUUCAAAUGUGAAACGGACAAGGAUCCACUUCGUUCAGUUCCUUUAAAGGAUGUACAAAAGGUUCAUGAGUGUCUUGUUAAAUCUGGUGACUUCUUAACAAGGGACAACCUCUUUGAAAUAAUUACAAGCUCCAGAGUAUUCUACAUUCAGGCAGAUAGUCCUGAAGACAUGCACAGCUGGAUCAAGGCCAUCAAUACAGCACUGCAGCAGUUCCGUGGUCCUGUGAAGGAUUCAUUUAGCCGCACCUUAUCAUUGCACAGAUACAGGACCCAGAACUUCAGUAAACAAACAGGAGAGGAAAAAAAGAGCCAAUUGGUUAAGUCUUCUUCAAUAGCCUCCUCUUGGCAGCCCUGGACACCCAUCACCCCAUCAAAAACCAUUGGGACACCAGGGAAUACAAUCCUUGAAGAAGUGACUGGACAGUUCAGCUCUUUGCCCCUCCAAAGCACUCAGGAUGAUGUGGAAUCUCAAGGCAAGCGCAGACGGCACUAUUCCCAGCCUGGGGAGUGCAGUGGUACCAUGUUUCCUUCAACGUUGGAUGCUGAUGGCAUGAGAACCACAGAUGUGUAACUGUGAAACACCACAGUGCCUCCAAGAGGCAAAGCAUAGUUUUUUUUAUGUUUGAACUGCACUCAACUUUUAGCACAGUAGAAUUGUACUAAUGCCCAGCCCCAAAGGUCUAUCAGCAAAGUGAUGAAAUUAAAAACAUCAUCAUUUGGGGCACAUUGAUUCCUCUGUGUUCCUGCUUAAAGAUAGUUUUGCACUAGAAUCUCCCAAUUCAGCCUGCCAGCCAUCCCAGUGCAACAGUGGAGUGACAGAAACUAUUCACUGAUGAAGCAAGGUGAUAUAAUGAAAUAAUAUAGCACUCCUCAUUAAGUUUUGGCCUUCUUUUCCCAGAAAGUAUGCUGUGUCCUCUUUUUUGUAUGUAUUAUCAGGUGACUUAACUGGAAAACAGGAAGAAAAUGAGGACAUUUUUUCAGUAUUUGGUAUCCAAGGUUGGCUGGGACAAUUCACUAGCUAAGCAAUAAUUCAAAUUUUAAAAUUGGUAUUUGUGCCAGAAUAGUUUUACUCCUACAUUGAUGCAGCUUGGCAGUUUGCUAUUAAUGUGAAUAUUCUAAAGGUUAUGUGAAGGAUAUUUGGACUUUCUUUGUGUCUGGAACCAGGAUUUCUUAAAAAGUCAGAGGUGAGCCACUGCUGACUGCGCUAGAUUUGUUAUACAUCUCACAGCAUAUUACUGGAUGACACCUACAAAAAAAACAUCUUUCAAUAAAAGACGUUGAUAGAGGUGAACAUGAUGGAACAUAAGAACAGUACAAUAAAUCACAAGAAAACUAAGCAACUUCUAACUCUACAGGGCUAAUAGAGUUCACAGUGUUUUCACCGUCCUUUAGACAAAUUCGUAAGUGUGCUUUGCUUGCUGUUAACAUCUGCAUUUUAUCAGUUUUCUGUGCCUCUACAAAUUCUACCUCUGCUCAUGGCUCGGCCCAACUGUAAGUGGCAGUUUUAUUGUAACCAUCAUGGAGUCACACAAGCUGCUAUGAUUGUUAGUGACAGGUCACCACCAGCUGACAAGCUUCAUUUUGUAGUGACAUGUCACUGGUGAUGCCUGCCUGCAUAAUAAUAUUAUCAACAGCAAAACUAGAGGAAACAGGCAAAAUUCCAUGUUCAGAGUGUCUUUUAAUAAUAAUUCUGUACUUAUAAUUCAGAUAAGUAAAGUGACAUGCUCAGGGUUACAAAGUGAACCAGCAGCAGGAUUUAAAGCAACCAUUUCACAUGUUUCACAGCUUCCUUUAAAGCAGACGUUUAGGUCAGGCUUGCUUCCCAUAUUGGGCUGCAGCAAUUUGGAUGUUUACAUUCAAAUUCCCCCACUUCAAUUAUGUGCUCAUGUUCAGCAUUAGCAUAAAAAUGUUAGUUGUGUGCCUUUAAUUAGUGGUAGUCUCCUUAAGAAGAACAAGAAACAUUUAUGAUCUGCUGGUCAUACCACUACCUAUCGAUAAGCGAAGUAUUAUAUUACUCCACGUUAUUACAUAAUUUCUCCGCCUCAGCAGCUCUCGCUGAUUAGCAAUUAAAAAUAUACAUGAAAAAACAUUUUUUCUGUUGAAGGCACAAUAGUUGUCUUUAAGAUAAGUGUUCAUUAAAGUUAUAUUGCACCUUAGAAUAUCAGGUGGAGACACUGUCAUUGUGAUGAACAAAGUGUUAACAAGUUACUUAUUAGUUUGUCAAGCUGGCAGCAAUGCUGUGACAUAUCAGCAGCCUAUCUUUAUGACUCUAGAAUCCCAGUUUCAUUAAACUUGGCAAUGGAUUGUCCACAGAAAUCAUACUUCAUCAGUCUCUACUGUGCUAAAUUGUGGUCCAUGAUUCCCCAAGAUCCAUUUAUAUUUACCAAAAUGCUUAAAUAAUCAAGUCAGGUGGCAAGCCAUGCACUAGAGCUUAUAGUCAUCAUGUUCCUCCUGCAUCUUCAUCUUCGCUGUUCUCAUUGUGCCAGUCUGUAUUAAUUCCAACCAAUUUCUUAAUCAGAGCCAAAUUCUACUUUUAAUUCACAUCAUGGUUUACCUAAUUAAAUUUGCUGUUUUCCAGUACUGUCAGAUUGGAAAAAAUAAGGUUUAAGGUUAACAACAAAGGUACAAAUAUGGGUUGCUUUUCCUGCAAUCAGUGGUUGAGGCAAUACACUCAUUGCUUUCUGUAUAUAUUUCGCAUCAAGCUUUAAACAGAAGAAAAUUAUAUUGAAGAAUCAGCUUUAUUGUAGACUACAUUCUUUUGCAAGCAUAUUGAUUUGUUACCAGUUUUUAUUCCAAAUCAUUCAGAUGGAAAGGAUCAAAAAAGUUGGUUGGAAUAAAUUGACCUUCAUGUAAUACAAUGUGGGGCAGUAAUACAUAUUUUACAAUGACAGGUGACAAAAGCCAUUUCAUUAGAAAAGGUCUGCAUUUAAGGCAGGAGGCUUCUGAAUGAGAAGACAAAGCAUCAGCUGGACAUAAUCUGAUCUACAGACUUGGACAAAAGAGUUUGAAAAUUGAGGUUUCACUUUUUUCCAUAAACUAUCUCAGUAAUAAGUGGCACGUUUGCUAGUGAUGUUGUUGGAAAUGUAAUGCGAGUAGGAUUCAUAUUUACAUUUACAUGUAAGAUUGCUAUGCUUUCCUCUCUCAUUCAUGUAAGUUAGAUUGACUGGUGACUGUAAAUUGACCCAUUUUGAGUAUGUAUAUACGUCUUGUGUAAGGGUGGCAUCACAUUUACUGCUGGUUCCUGUCUUACAUCCUGUGCUGCAGCCCUGAAAUUAUUUUAUGUAAAAAGUGAACUUGUAAAAUGGUUGAUUAGCUGUUCAAAUUAGAAAUUUGGUACACUGUAUUAUUCCUUUAGGGAAUUUUUUUUUUUUCACAUGACUUAGGGUCAGCCAUUGUACAACGCCCCAGGUUAAGGGUCUUGAUGAAGGGCCCAACAGAGUAGAAUCACUUCUGGCAGUAAUGGGUUUUAAACUGGCAACCUUCCAGAUACGAGCACAGAUCCUUAAUUUCAUGGCCACCACAGUUUAUUAUGUUAAAGCUGAGGUAAUUAACAACUGAACAGAAAUAUCCAUGCAUGUGAAAAUAAGAGGUAAUGAGAUCCCUGACUGAAGCACAACAAUAAAGGGUAAGCCCAUCGACUGGUUGGCAAGGAUAAAAACUAGAAAAUAAAAUGAGGUAAUGCUGCAUAUUAACAGAAAUGAAAAACAUAUAUGAAACAAGAGUGUCAUAAAAUACAGGAUUUUCUGUGUGGAAUGCAUAAAAAAAAACCAAUCAUAAUCUAACCACCUUAAAAGUAUGCUUCCUUCUAAAGGGUAAUGUAACAGUACCAAUCAUUUUGAAGCUCCUCUGCCCAUUUUAGUCUUGUACAGUCAGUAAUCCUUGAAUGUCCAGUCAAUCCCAAGACCUGUGUCUUCUCAUGAAAAUGGGACUUUAUAUUCAUAGUGAUCUGGAGACACAAACUAUUGUGACAGAAACUAGCAAACGCCUCUGCAGAAAUAAAAAUUUAUCAGAUCAUAGGGAUGCAGUGCCAUCUGCUGGUCAGAAAUGCAACUGCACCUAUUCAUCUUCUGCCUUCUCACUCAUUCUCUUUCUAGUUGCACAGGGUUUUUUAAGCUCAAGUUGUACUUAGCAACAGUAUUUACUUCGUACCAUUCAAACCCAGAGGACUACAUUAGUGGCACCACUAUAAAAUGAAAGAUUUUGGCUUAUUUGAUUUUCAACAAGAAUGUUGCAGCUUUUAGAAAAAAAAGUAUACAAUGGGCACAUCUUAAAUUCAAAUGAUUUCUCAAUGUUGUAAAUGCAAUUAUUGUAUACAUAUUAAAAGAAUUGAAACAACA